AUGGAUUCAUUGGACACACAGAUUGAGACAAUACUUAACGGUCAGCCCCUGUCUCAAGACAUACCAAUUGUUUGCGAUUUUAAUGACUCCAUCAAUAAAUCCGAACUUGAAACAAUUGUUCAGAAGAAUGUCUAUUAUAAUGUAACGGCUGUGAUAUUCAAUGAUAACAUGGAUGUGCUUAUGAUUCAAGAGGCACAUCGCAAAUGUCGAGGUCAGUGGUCACUUCCAACAGGAAUGGUAGAUCCGAAUGAACAGAUAAUAGACGCCAUUCGGAGGGAAGUGCGCGAAGAAUCUGGUCUGGAGAUGGAACCGACGGAUUUAGUUAUGAUAGAGAACUCGAAUGCGUUUAUGUAUUUAGUUUGUAAUUUUAGAUUCAUAUUCUCCGGGCGUGUAAUCGGUGGUCAACUGAAGAGUGUUGAGGACAGUGAGUCAAUUCAGGCUAAGUGGUGGUCUGAGAGUGACAUGAGUUCAUUGAAUCUGCGAUACGACGACAUUUUGGAUGUCAUAAGUGUUGUCCGCAAUCAUAACACAUCUGUGGCAACGAUUCCGUACCAUAUCUCACGAUUCACUGUCAGUGGAGAACAUAAUAAAAUGUUAUUAAGAGUGGUAUUCACUGUGAGACGCAAUCAGAAUAAAAGACAAUACGUACUCAUCUCAAAGCUGCCAUUCCCUCAUCUACCUAAAAGACUGUUUAAGACAUACAUAGUCGGUACACUACUGGGUGUGCUGUCAGUUGAACACAACGGAGUUCCCCGAAAUCCACUAGACUUGCCUCACGACGGCCUCUGUAUCACUGUCUUAGUGAAGAGUCGGGUGCCAUAUGAAGGUAUGGGCAGAAUAUGUAGUGAUUAUGAAUGGAUGCAAAUGAGUCCAUCACUGGAAGCGCUGCUCGCCCGUUGUCUCGACAAUCCUAACACAGAGUUAAUUCAAUGGAGACCUAAAUUCUGGAACAAAAAACUCCUUAAGAAUGAGAAAAACAUGUCUUCCCAUUCAAAUAACAUGGAUAAACUGUCCACUCAAUUAACUGCUAUGUAA